AUGCUCCUGGCCUUUGGCGGCGCCAUUGUGGCCACAGGAGUCUGGUCCAUCUGGGGCGGCGACAUGUUCCCCGCCGAGUCUGACCCUACGGGAAAGCCCGAAGAUUGGACGGAAGAGGAGAUGCGUCGAUGGCUGAGAAAGGUGAGUGACUGA